AUAAGGAUUUAUUUACUUAAUUUGGACGAAGUUUGAUAAUUAAUUGGAUCGUCGGUGUUAUUGAGAAACGUGUUCAAAUUAUUAAGUGAAGUUAGAAUUUAUUCGGUUAAUCGAAGAAUUAAUAAAGUGGAGUAUGUAGAGAAAUAAUAUUAGAAAUAAUAUUAUUAUUGAAUUUUACUUAUUUGAGAAAAAGUCGGAUUUAAUUGGAUUAAUUGGAAUAUAAUAUUAAGGAUAAUAAUAUUAUUUGUUGGAGCAUAUUAUUUAUUGGGCCUAUUUAUUAGAAGUAGAAGUAAUUUGGGGGUGUUAUUUUUCUUAAGCCCAUUAAGAUAAUAAGUUAUUAAGUUAGUAAGGGUUUUAUGAGAAGGAGAGUUACCAUUUCAUUUGCUGAAUUUUUUUUAAAGAGAAGAGAAAGUGGAGAAAGGAGACUAAGAGAAGAAGAAAAGGGGAAGAACAACAAGGGGCAAAAGCUAGGGUUUGGAGGAGAAAUCAAGAGGUUCUGGAGUUUAGUGGCUGCGUGUGCCUAGCCGGUGGUUCUUCCUUGGUUAUUGGAGACUAGGACGAUGGCUACAGGAAGGAAUGUUGACAUUAAUGUUAAGGCAAUGAUGAGGUGGACUGGUGCGAUUGGACAAGCGCCGCAAGAGAAUGUCGGUUAUGGAGGAAAGGAUGAGUUACGUGCUUUUGGAGACUUUCAAAGGUGCAACCCGCCGAUCUUUGAAGGAGGGUAUGGACCGGACAAAGCGCGUGCAUGGAUGAGAGAGAUUGAGAAGAUCUUUCAAGUCGUGAGUUGUACUGAUGUACAGAAGGUACAGUUUGGUACUCACAUGCUGACAAAAGAAGCUGACGUUUGGUGGAGUAAUACUGUACGGAGAUUUGAAAUAGAAGGUAUUGAAGUUACUUGGACUCUUUUCUGUGAUGCAUUUUUGGGAAACUAUUUUCCAGAAGAUGUGCGUGGAAAGAAAGAAGUGAGGUUUCUACAGUUGAAACGAGGAGAAGAACAGUUCCGUGAGAAAUCGUAUGAUGACAUGAGGGAACAAUCUGGUCUUGGUAAGAAGCCAAGUGGGGGAGGAGCUUCUACUCUGAUUAAGUGCUACAGGUGUGGCGAGACGGGUCACAAAACUGUUGAUUGUGGAGUUGAUUCGAGUAGGAUUUGCUACAGUUGUGGUGAGCAAGGACACAAUUGUGCCAUGUGCGAUAAGCCAGGGAAGGAUCAAGCGAAAGGAAAAGCAUUUGCGUUGCCUGGUGCUGAGACUACUUCUAAGGAUAAGUUAAUAUGAGGUUCUGGAGUUUAGUGGCUGCGUGUGCCUAGCCGGUGGUUCUUCCUUGGUUAUUGGAGACUAGGUAGUGAGUCGAUGCUCUGGUCAUGUAACACUGGGUAGACUAGGUGUAUUGAACUCAUGUUAUGUUUGUGUAUGUAUUAUGCUAUGACUGGUGCACUUAUUUAUUGGUUACAUGUCUUUUGAGAGGCUUACAAGCCAAACCUUUUGAUUAUGUUUUAUGUUGAAUUGAGACUACUAGUCGAUGUAUGAUCAUGGUAUGGGACAUGAAUCAUUAUAAAUCACAUGAGUAUCAUAUAUUUCCGCUGUGAA